UGUCAUUGCUUGUUAUCAAACAAGAUUUCCCUUAUCACAUUUUAUCUUUUGAACUGAUGUUCCUUGGAAACUUAGUUGGGCUUAAAUAUUAUAGACUUCUUUUCUUAAAGCUGAGUUUUAAAGCAUUUCGUAAGUAGCAUUAUUAUAAUAUAAGUAUGCGACGUGUUACGAAAAAACUGUUGUUAACCAUUUUGGGCUUACUUUUUAUCGGGCUCUAUUGUGAGUUUCUCAUAUAUUAUGUAGUCGUUUUUCAGUGUAGUUGGCCAAAAUUAGUAAACUCUACCGAAGGAAAAGUUUUAAAAGCGUUCGUUUUAUCAGAUACCCAUUUAUUGGGUCCUUACAGAGGACAUUGGCUGGAUAAGUUACGAAGAGAAUGGCAAAUGCAUCAAGCAUUUACGGCUAUUAUAAAUACACACCAACCUGAUGUUGUGUUUGUAUUGGGAGACCUCUUUGAUGAAGGCGAAUGGACUGAUGAUAAGCAAUUUAAUGCCUAUGUAGAGCGAUUUUACAAACUAUUUCCUGUACCACAGACUACAAAAUUGCAUGUUGUUAUGGGUAAUCAUGACAUAGGCUUUCAUAACAGAAUAAGGAAAAGAGCACUGCAAAGGUUCAUAGAACUUUUAAAUGCUCCAACUGUGCAGCACUUGGUAUUGAAAGGUUCACACUUUAUCCUUGUUAAUUCUAUGGCACUAGAAGGAGAUUCAUGCAACAUGUGUGCUGAAGCAAGAAAGGAAAUAUCUUUAAUAUCAAAUAAACUUUCCAAGUGCUCCAAGGACAACAAAUUCUGUGAAUUUGGUGGGCAAAAUUUAAAUUAUUCGAGACCUAUACUUAUGCAGCAUUUUCCACUCUAUCGAAUAUCUGACUCUGUGUGCACGGAAUCCGAUGCCCCACCAUUGCCAGAAAGAAAUAAAUUAUUCAGAUUGAAAAUAGAUGCACUAUCAAAAGAAGGAACAGAUUUUGUGAUCAAAAAUCUUAAACCCAGAGUAGUGUUUGGUGGCCAUACACAUCAUGGGUGCCUAUUAAAGCAUAAUUAUGGUAAAAUUGACUUUCUUGAAUAUUCUGUGCCAUCUUUCUCAUGGAGAAAUAGACCAGAUCCAAAAUAUAUGUUGGUGUCAAUUUCUCCAGAUGAAUAUGCUGUCAAUAAAUGUGGACUGCCAAUGGAAGUGACCAUGAUAGCUACAGCUGUAAUUAUGUUAUUUUGUUUGGUUGUAUAUAUGUUUAGAAUGAAAACCCUUGGAAGAUGACGAAUUAAUAUUAAAAAGUUUGGAAUAAAA